GAUACAUAUGAUUUACAUUGUUUUAGGUGUAGACGGAAAACCUAAACCGGUUACGCCUAUUAUAUCUACUAAUAAAACGGAAGUUAAUAGUCCGCUGAUCAUCGUGUCAAAUCGUCUACCGUUCGUUCUGACUCGAAAUUCCGAAGGAGAUUUGAAGAGGAAGCACAGUGCAGGUGGACUUGUGACAGCAGUGACGCCAGUUGUUAUUGAUUGUAAUGGAACAUGGAUCGGAUGGACUGGUCUGUAUGAUUUAAACCCUAAUACUCCAAUACCCGAGUCCGACCCAUCGGACAAGUCUCCCAUUGCUGGUCUAAAAUCUAGCCAGAUUGUUCCCGUAGAAAUGAAAAAGGAGGAAUUUGAAGAGUUCUACAACGGCUGUUGUAAUAGUUUAUUCUGGCCUCUUUUUCAUUCCAUGCCAGAUCGUGCAGAAUUUGUUGUCAAAGACUGGAUAGCGUAUUGCAGAGUAAACGAAAAAUUUGCCAAUUGCGUUUUGGACACUUUACGACAAAUCAUAAAAAAACUAGACGAUGCCGGAGAUGAAGACACGGUUCCCUUAGUAUGGAUACACGAUUAUCAGUUGUUGACAGCAGGGAAGAUGAUACGAGAAGUGUGUAGAAGUGAAAACCUCCGGGUUAAACUUGGUUUCUUUUUGCACAUACCGUUCCCGUCGUGGGACAUUAUGAGACUCUUGCCCUGGGGUAAAGAAGUUUUCGAAGGUUUAUUAGCUUACGAUGUUGUCGGGUUCCAUAUUAAUGAUUACUGUUUAAAUUUUAUUGACUGCUGUAGUCGGCAACCGGAUUGUCAAGUAGACCGAACGAACAUGAUGCUAUUUUUCGAUGGUCGCAUCGUUGAUGUAAGAUAUGUGCCUAUCGGCAUCCCAUUUAAUGAUUUUGUAAAUUUAUCGAAAAAUGCGAAAAAUCCUUUGUUAGACAUUCCGGAAGACGUAAAAGUCAUACUCGGCGUGGACAGGCUGGAUUAUACCAAAGGAAUAAUACAACGGAUCCUGGCGUACGAGAAAUUUCUUGUAAGGUAUCCCGAAUUUCUCGGAAAAGUCGUCCUCGUUCAAGUAUCGGUACCCUCCAGAACAGAAAUAAAGAGUUAUCAAAUGUUGAAAGAAGAAACCGAACAAAUUAUCCGCCGGAUCAACGAUCAUUUUUCUACGGAUGACUGGUCUCCGAUUCGGUACAUCUACGGUUGUCUCUCCCAAGAGGAUUUGGCGGCUUUGUACAGGGACUGUAGGGUAGCGCUGGUCACUCCGCUAAGGGACGGCAUGAAUUUGGUAGCCAAAGAGUUUGUGGCCUGUCAAACAGGUGAUCCCGGCGUGUUGGUCUUGUCACCUUUUGCCGGUGCUGCUGAGCAAAUGACCGAGGCGUUAAUUGCAAAUCCCUAUGAAAUGGAAGAAAUGGUCAAUGCCCUUCACACAGCUCUUGAAAUGCCACUAGAAGAAAGGCAAUCGCGCAUGACCGAACUGCGACACCGCGAACAGCUACUAAACGUCAACUACUGGAUGCGGUCGUUUAUUUCGUUUUUGAAACCUAAAGAAGAACCAAAAAAAAAAUUCUUUACCCGACGAGCUACAAAUAGGACUUCCAGGAAAAAACAAAAUGUUCCUUUGAUGUUGGCCAAAUGAUCUAUAUUAAAACUUCAUUACAAAA